AAUUAUUAAAGGCUUUAAAAUUACACCACAAUGUCCACUCUCCACCCAAUCACUUAAUUGCACGCGUCGAUAAAGGGCACGUCAUCACCUCUUCUCUUCUGGGAAAACUCUCGUGAUGCUGAUUUCUUUUUGUCUUCUAUCUAUUCCAAAAUGUCAAGUCUCCUACCAGUGCCCCCAUUGAAGCUUAAGCUUAAAACACUUUUUCUUCACUUCUCCCUUCCCUCUUUACAUAAAUGUAUACAAACCAGAGAGAGAGAGCAAAAACACUUCUAGCUUCAGAGUAGUCAAACGCAGACAAAGAAACCCAAGUUUCUCAGCCUCCGCCUAGAACUCUCGCCUGAAAAAAGCCAACAAUCCGGAAAAAAUGAUCACAACCACCACCACCGAUGACCAGUAUAAACGUAAACUAAACCUAUUCCCACUACACCCAGAAAACCUGGUGGUAGACAGAGAAACGCAAGACGAGAACGUCCCGUACAUCAUUUCCGCCGCUGACGGCGGCGCCAACACCAUCACCGCUCUUCUUGGCACCUCCGGGACUUCUUCUGAAGAUGAAAACGAUUUGUCGCCAACCUACGCCUACAGAGAACAGUAUAACAGUGUGGAGGGUACACUUGUACGGACGGCCAUGAAGAGCAAAGAGAGAGAUUCAAGUGAAGAGAAGAAGGAGGAGGAAGUGACCAGUUGUGUAGCUGAUCUACGGUAUAAAAACAAGACGCAUCAGGGGUUGUCGUUGAAGCUUGAUUACCAGGAGAUCUUGAAUGCAUGGUCUGAUAAGGGCCCCCUUUGCAUCCGUAUGGAGUCAACACAAACUGUUCCCAAUCUCCAUGAUGAAGACCUACCCCAUCAAGAAACCACCAGUUGGCUGAGGGAUCGACAGCAAAAUAGUGGAGGCCUGUGGAUCGUUCCCGAGAUGCGAGGAUGUACCAACAGUAACACAUAUGGCCGAGUGAGAGUGAAGGAAGACGUAGAAGGAGGAGGACCAGAAGGGUGGAAGAUGGUGCAUAGAGAAGCUUGUGUUUUGAGGUACAAGGAGAAGAGGCAGAAUAGGCUCUUCUCUAAGAGGAUUCGGUAUGAAGUUCGAAAGUUCAAUGCUGAGAAACGCCCUCGUGUCAAGGUACACUUCCUAAUACCCCCAAUGUAUAUCCUUUGUCCUCAAAAUCAAUAUCUUUGGGUUUUACAUAUUGUUCCAUUUCUUGUUUCUCGUCAAUGGCUCCGCCAAUUUUGCAGGGGAGAUUCGCGAAGAGAAGUUGAAGAGAAAGGUUAUUAAGUGAACGUGGAUGAUUAGAUUAAUGGGUCUCAACAAAAAACAGUUAUUCAAUUAUGAUGAAUUUUUUAGGACUUUUUUUUAUAAGCAUAUUUUAAAUUAUUGUACUACUGGUCAAAAAGAGUUGUAUUGAGAGUUUUCACAUUGUAAGGCACCGAUUCAUAAAUCGGGAUGACAUGCCAAGAAAAUCUAUCCCCAGUCUCAUGGGCCAAAAAUAAAAGUGUACUAGAGCUAUUGUAAAAUGUAAAUGCCAAUGGACAAGAACCAAAAGGUUAGCUCAAGUAUUAAUAUGGUUGGGUUUA